CUGCCAACAGUAGAGGAACACACAAAAAGUUUUUGACAAAUUUCCCCACUUCCCGAAAUCUCAAAACCCUAGCUUCGAUUUCAAUUUCUACCUUCAUACUGGAUCUUGUCUCUACAAAAUCUGAAGAAAUGGCGACAAUUCCAAUGGAUAUCGUCAAGGACAUCUUCCUCCGUCUCCCUCCGAAGACGCUCGUCCGAUUCCGUGUUCUGGCGAAACCGUACUGCGAUCUGAUCGACAGCCCAGAUUUCAUUGCAUCGCAUCUCGACCGCACGCUUCGGACGAACCGCCACCUCAUGAUCCUCCUCAGAGGUGCGCUUCACCUCUACUCGGUGGACCUCGACUCACUCGAUGACGUCACCGACGUCGAGCUUCCGAUGAAAACCGGUGGCCCGACCGAGGUUUUCGGAUCCUGCAACGGUUUGGUCGGAUUGUCGAACUCCCCAACUGAUUUGGCUUUGUUCAAUCCUUCCACUCGGCAAAUCCACCAACUACCGGUUUCUCCGGUUGGUCUUCCCGAAGGUUCCACCAUUCGUGGGUAUGUGUUUUACGGGUUCGGUUACGAUUCUGUGAACAAAGACUACAAAGUUGUGAGGAUGGUACAGUUUAAGCGAGACUCAGACGAUGAACUGGGUCACAGUUUCCCCUACGAGGUCAAAGUUUACAGCCUGAAGACCAAUUCAUGGAAGAGAAUCGAAACGGUCCCGGUUAUGAUUCAGUUCCUGUUCUAUUUCUACUACCAUCUGUUGUUUCGUCGCGGUUAUGGUGUUCUUGCUGCUAACAAUCUGCACUGGGUUUUGCCGCCGAGACCGGGAUUGGUCGUGGGUAACAGUGUUAUUGUGAGGUUUGAUCUUGUCUCCGAGGAGUUUGACAAAGUUCCUCUGCCUGAGGCCAUUGGUAACUAUGACAGUGAUAUACAGAUGGAUAUAGGUGUGUUAGAUGGUUGCCUUUGUUUGAUAUGUUGCCGUGAUCAGACUUAUGCUGACGUUUGGGUGAUGAAGGAAUACGGGGUUAGAGUUUCUUGGACUAAGCUUUUCACGGUUCAGAAACCUAAAAGUGUUAAAUCACUUGCAUAUAUGAGACCUUUAGUGUAUUCCGAGGACCGGAACAAGGUUUUACUGGAAAUUAAUAACACAAAGCUGAUGUGGUUUGAUUUGAUAACUAAGAAGUUGACCACUUUGAGAAUCAAGGACUGCCCUAGUUCAUAUAGCGCCGAACUUGUUGUGAGUAGUCUUGUCUUGGGGUGUAAAGGAGAUCCCAACGAGGUUAAACGGAGGCAACAGCGACAGAAGCGAGACCACGAGGAUAAGAUGAGGCAGAGGAAGAAGAGGGACGAUUUUCUGUCCAAGGGAUUCAAACUCCUGCUGUGAGCAAAUGUGGGAGACAAUAGCAAAAGGCAAGAUGAGGUAAGUGAUAAACUUUUCCAUCGAUGGUGUCACUGAUUGGGUUGCUGCUAUAUCCGAUUUGGGUUUUCCCCAAUCUUUGGAAACGGGAAUCAAUAUCCGAGUGGGCACAGAUUGGAGGAGUUUUUCUGGGUGUUGCCGAGGCAUUUAUGGAGGGUGUAGGGGGUGAAGGUAGAAAUAGAAUCAUAUCAUGGGAGGGACAGACAUUGAGUAUUUUCCGCAAUCAACUAGCUUUUUAUGCAAUCUUGUGAUCUUCCUGGAAAAUGUCGAGAUCCAGACUGUCCGUUAAUGAGUAUCGAUUUUCAGGAGCUGUUUUCGCCCAAGGAGAUAUCACUAACAGCUAAAACAGGAGAGGUUCUUGUACUCAGAAUCUCAGCUCAGUUCCACCCUCUGUCUUGUUGUUAAAUAGCUGGGUGUCUUCCACUUCUAUGAUCUUGCUUUGUAAAUUGAUGAAUCUUCCUUUUAAAGCUUUGACCUAGAAAUUUGAUAUGGGAAAUGUUUGUGAUACAAAAAGGAGAUACUUAUGUUCUGAAUCUGUGUAAUGUAAUUGUCUUAACCUUGAAUUUGUGUGACAUAGUCAAUGCAGGAUUGCAUAUACUUUUGAUUAUUA